GGGAAACGGGUUGGUGCGGUUGGCUGGGGUCUGUAGUGGAUUGCGUGAAGGACUGGAGCUAGCGGAGAGGAUGGCGGGAGGCCGUACGCCCCAAGUCCGUGUCCCAGAGUUGGUCGGCCAGGCCUGCACCCCGAGCCUCAAAGAGCCUCGGACCCGGCGGGUCCCUGCUUUCCUCCUGAGCGGGGUGGUCGCGUGGCUUCUCCCUGGGACCCCUGCAUCCCCGGGUGUUAGCAGCCUUGGGUCGGGCUCUUCCUGCCUCGUGCCUUAGUGUCCUUUCCGGCGACCUGGAGAGGCUCUAAAUAGACCUGUGCUCCAUUAGAAGUUCGGUGGGGAAUUAAGUGAAGGCUCAACCACUUUUUUCUUUUCUUUAAAUCUCGUGAUACAGCCCCAGGUGUUCCCUAGCAAAAGUAAAGAGAUGGCGGUAGGUCAGUGGUUUAAGUUGUGGGCUUCGGAGUACGUAGACUUGCCCUCAACUUUUGGAGCUGACUUUAGCUUGAAUGGGUGUCCUAGAUUCUUGGAAUUCGUUUCAUCUCUGUUGUGUCUUAUGCAAGGGUAGAUUUGUAUACAUGUAUUUCUAACGUAAGUGCAUGAAUAUAUUGAAUACCUUCGUUUAGUGAUCUAAUGUCAAGUAGGUGCUUGGAAUCGUUUCUGGCAGUAGGAAGUGCUUGAUGAGUGUUAACUGUUCAGGAACCCCGUCAGUAUGAUGCUCAGUGUGGCCUUGCGGGUCUUUUUGUUGUUGUUGUGUUUUUGUUGUUGACUCAGUUGUCACUGAGUCUAGGGCAUCUGGCAGGCUAAGCAAACACUGUAACCCUCGGCUGUAUCCCCAGGCCUACCUUCUUACUUGCUGUCCCCAGACACCUAGAGCCUAACAUCUAACCACACACAUACUGAUUAUUAGCAGAUUAUGUACCCAAGUUGAUAUAGAAACUGUCAUCUUUAGUUUUGUUUCAUUUUCAUGGACUGGAGAGCUUAGAUCCUUCCAAAUAAAACUGAGAGCACAAUCUUCAGAUCUGCAUUUCUCAUUUGUUUUGGUGGUAUCAUUUUAAGUUUGUUUGCGACAGGGUCUCACUAUGCAGCCCUGUGACUUCCAGUGUAGACCAGGCUGGUCUCAAAAUCCCAGGGAUCUGCCUGCCUGUGCCUCCCAAGUGCUGGGACUAAAGACGAGCCACCAUGCCCAGCACUUGGCAACAUUUUUAUUAAGCAAUUUAGCUUAGAAUUUUUCCAGAACGUUGAACUUGGCUUAGUUUUCAUUUUCUGAGCCUCUUUUUUGUGUGUGAUGUAUUUAUGUGUUAAUUUACUACCCCAUCAAGUAGUAUUAUUAUAGUAAUAAGCUCAGUGACCUGGAAAUAGGUUUUAAAAAUAAUAAAAGUCACUCGCAGAUUAACCGCCCAGCUGGUGAGGACAGUAAAGUGGUCCAGUCACCGACAGAGUGUCACCCGUCUGCCUCCUGCACCCCCGUUAACAGAAGAAACGGAAGGGAUAGCGACAGAGGAUAAAAGUUCCAGUCAGGGAAACCGUCCUCUUCUGCAAAAUGUACAGAACCAAAGUGGGUUUGAAGGACCGCCAGCAGCUCUACAAGCUGAUCAUUAGCCAGCUGCUCUAUGACGGUUACAUCAGCAUUGCCAAUGGCCUCAUCAAUGAGAUCAAGCCCCAGUCGGUGUGCGCACCCUCGGAGCAGCUCCUGCAUCUCAUCAAACUAGGGAUGGAAAAUGAUGACACCGCGGUCCAGUAUGCGAUUGGUCGCUCCGAUACAGUUGCCCCUGGCACAGGGAUUGACCUGGAGUUUGAUGCAGAUGUCCAGACAAUGUCACCCGAGGCCUCCGAGUAUGAAACCUGCUAUGUCACUUCCCACAAAGGCCCAUGCCGUGUGGCCACCUAUAGCAGAGACGGGCAGUUAAUAGCCACAGGAUCUGCUGAUGCUUCCAUAAAGAUAUUGGACACGGAAAGAAUGUUGGCCAAAAGUGCCAUGCCAAUUGAGGUCAUGAUGAAUGAGACUGCGCAACAGAACAUGGAGAACCACCCAGUGAUUCGAACUCUUUACGAUCAUGUGGAUGAAGUCACAUGUCUUGCUUUUCACCCUACAGAACAGAUCCUGGCCUCAGGCUCUAGGGAUUAUACUCUAAAAUUGUUUGAUUAUUCCAAACCGUCUGCAAAAAGAGCCUUCAAAUACAUUCAGGAAGCUGAAAUGCUGCGCUCCAUCUCUUUCCACCCUUCUGGAGACUUUAUCCUGGUUGGGACUCAGCACCCUACGCUUCGCCUUUAUGACAUCAACACCUUCCAGUGUUUUGUCUCUUGCAAUCCCCAAGACCAGCACACCGAUGCUAUCUGUUCCGUUAACUACAAUCCUAGUGCCAACAUGUACGUCACUGGCAGCAAGGACGGCUGCAUCAAGCUGUGGGAUGGCGUCUCCAAUCGAUGCAUCACAACCUUUGAGAAAGCUCAUGAUGGCGCAGAAGUCUGUUCUGCCAUUUUCUCCAAGAAUUCCAAGUACAUCCUCUCGAGUGGAAAAGACUCUGUAGCUAAGCUCUGGGAGAUCUCCACAGGGAGGACACUGGUGAGGUACACAGGCGCGGGUCUGAGUGGACGGCAGGUGCACCGGACACAGGCUGUGUUUAACCACACUGAGGACUAUAUUUUGCUGCCAGACGAAAGGACCAUCAGCCUCUGCUGCUGGGACUCUAGGACAGCUGAGCGCAGAAACCUGCUGUCCCUGGGCCACAACAACAUCGUGCGCUGCAUUGUGCACUCGCCCACCAACCCUGGCUUCAUGACAUGCAGUGACGACUUCCGAGCUCGGUUCUGGUACCGGAGGUCCACCACUGACUGAGCUGGCCCCACUCCUAGGGUUCUUGUCUCAGGACUCCGCCCUCCUCCCUGUGUCCUGCCACCAGCUACAGUAGUGAGCAGUUUGUACCAUCUGAGGUGGGUGUGCCCGCCUGGCUCCUGCCUUGGAUUUGUACAUGGAGGCUCUUUUUUUACCUUGCUGUAGAGUUGCUGUGGGAAAAGGUGGAAACAGACUGUACAGUUGUCCUGGUGCAGUGAUUUCGCUGUGCUUUCCACCAGCUGAGUAAGUGCAGGACUUGCCAUGGCUUUCGACUCUUGUUCCUGGAGAAGGACGGAAUAUUGAAGGACUCGUGGCCCUGGGAGAGUCUCUCACAAAGACUGCCAUCAGGGUCUUUUGCCACCUCUUGCGCCUGUCCUGCCCCCUCUGUAUUUCCUUUCCAGAGGCAUUUUGGCUCAUGCAGAGGUCUGCAGCUCUGAGGAUCUCGGGUUUUGUGCCAUGUGGAACCACCGUCCAGGGAUCCCAGUCCCAUCCUGAGGUGACGUCAUUGGGUAAUAAAGCUCAGAUCUACAAGCUCA